UGAGAGCAUUUGGAGAGGGAGAGCAGACUCUAUCCACUCUCUGCCGUACCAAGGCAUUCGGGGGCAUAAAGGUGGCUACCGUCCUGGUUGGUCAAUGAAUAUAUAGAUUAUUUCAGGUGGUUUUGUAUGUUUGAUGAUACUGUACGCGCUGAACAUAGUUAUAUGGCAUUCCGACAAUGUAAUAUGAUCAGUGCAAUUUUAUGAAGUUAUUUGUUAACGAGUUAUUCCAGAUGAUUAUUUAUUCAUAAACGAUUAACUUUGAUUGUUUUCUACUAUUAAUAAGAUGAUUAUUAAAUUUAAUUUGGGAUGUGUAUAUAUUCUUACAGAUACCUGAUGAUGUCAAUGUAUUAGACAAUGAAUCUUAUUCACCAGUUACCACUUCAAUAAUGACAAUACCUUAUAAUUUAAAUCUAAAUUGGGUUUCACCAAUUAUCACUGCUUUGUCAAUGUCAACAAGCCCAUCUAUUUUAAAUUUAACCUCAGAUUUAUCACAUUCAAUAUCAUCUUCACAAAUAGUAACACCAUCAUCAUCAUUAUUAAUGUCAUGUUUCCCACAAAUAGCAACAAAAGUAAGAGCUUCAUCAUGUUUUCCAUUUGGACGUCGAUCAGACAAUGUAUCAUUAUUAUCCCCUACUUAUCCACAGAUAAAUAUAAAUACUGAUAAUUUAAUCAAUCAUGAUCAAGAUGAUGAGAAACCGUUAGAUUUAACUUUGAAAUCAUUUACAACAAUAAAAUCAGAUGAAUUAACUAAGAAAAAGUUAGAUAAUGAAAAUUCUAAAAUUCCUUGUAGACGGAAAUCAAAUAGGACACGUACACAAACAAAAGCAACAUCAUCCACAACUAUGAAGGUAAUAAACACUUCAGAAAAACUCAAUCCAACAAAUCAAGAUACUCAGACCAAUCGUCAAGUUGAAAUAAUUCAACAAUCAGAAAGUAUCACAUCCUCAUCUACAAAUAAUAAUAAUAAUAAUAAUAAUAAUAAUAAUAAUAAUAAUAAUAAUAAUAAUAUAAAUGGUGCAGAAUUAUGUCAGAAUAAUUGGAUUACAGAUAUUCAAGAUUCAAUACAAAUAAAUGAAUCUGAUCAGAAACGUCCAAGAUCAACAUCUAGUCGUAGACCAUUUAAAGCAUUUGGUAAUACAGUUCCAUCAAUUUCUACAGAACUUUUAUUGAAAUCUUCUAAACUUAUUGAUCCCUUAUUAUUAGUGAAUACUAUUGAUAAAUCGGAAACCGAUAAUGAUCAUUCCAAAUCUAUGGAACAUAAUAAUACACCACCUCUUUCACCAAAAUCAGUAAUUUCUACUCCUACAACAAAUGGGAAUAAUUCUAAACGAAAAUCAACGGUUAAAAUAAAAUCACGAAGAUCUCAAAGUGCUUCAGCAAUUGUGUUAAUACCAUUCAAUCAAUCAGAAAAUACUAAUGAUAAUAAUAAAAAUAUAACAAUUGACGAGACAUUAUCUACAACAAAAUCUUUAGAAACUCUUUGUAAACUCGACAAACCUGUUGAUUUACUCACAACAACAACAACAACAACAACGGCACAAUCAAUCGGAUCUAUUUCAUCAACACCUAGUUGUUAUUCCAGUUAUUCUGAAUUAAUCGAUGCCAAUCAUCAUCAUCAUAAUAACGAUUCAACAAAUAUUAAACACACCGAUUGUAAUCCACGUAUGAGACGUUUCCCAGAAAUGACACCAUCUGAAGUAAAAGAUAAAGCAUAUUGGGAGAAACGAGUUAAAAAUAAUGAAGCUGCUAGACGUUCACGUAGAGCAAGAAAAACUAAAGAAAUAAGUUUAAAAAAAUAUGCUGAUAAUUUAGAAAAAAUAAAUUUAAAAUUAAUUGAAGAAAUUGAAUUAUUAAAAACAGAAAUUUUACAUUUAAAAUCUAAUAAAGAAAUGAAAAAAUCAAAUAGUAACUAAAUUUAUUGUUUGUUAUCUACAGUAUGGGGUCACUAACACCACCCUACCCCACCCCACCCCACCUACCCGUCAUGCCUAACCCUCUUUCUUUAUCCAAGCUUGAGACUAGCAAUAACUUCAGAAGGGCUUCCGGAGGAAUUAAAACUCAAAUGUAUAUACCUUAAAUUCUUUUAAAUUAUUUUUUAUUAUCAAAAUUCAAUAUAUUUUUUGUUGUUGAA